UGUUUGAGGGGGCGGGAUUUCCUUCAGCGCUGGAUGAUCUGCUGCAGCUCUAGGUGACACGUAACGAAAGGUGCGAUUAGGCCUCUCUAAACUUAAGAUAAUUAGUAAAAAAAGACUGCUUUUCAUUAUGUAAACAUCUUCACAGAGCUUGGACUAACCACGAGGACCAAAUACAACCGGAUUCGUUACUUUUUUUAAACUAUUGAAUGUCUUUGGAAAACUUGGCAAAACGUAAGACAUUUCAGAUAUGCAUGUCGUUUGAGCAGCAGUCCAGAAAUAUAAUGUUUCAUGAGAAGUCUCGGAGGGGACAGAGUUGUUUCUAUACUGAAGAGUGAAGAGAAAAUAAUUCCCAGGAACGUUUCUGUGGAAUCCAGGAGAGGAGGGAACAUGGGCAACGGCGUGUGCUCCAGGAAGCAGAAGAAGAUUUUCCAAUCUCUCUUACUGGUCACGGUCGUGUUCGGGAUGAUCUAUGGUGGGAUGGUGUCUUAUGAGAUGCACAAGCAGCUGAAGAGGACAGAAGAGAUGGCCCUGAAAUAUCAGCAGCACCAGGAGUCUCUUUCCGCACAGCUUCAAGUUGUGUACGAGCAUCGCUCAAGGUUGGAGAAGUCUCUUCAGAAGGAGCGGCUGGAGCAUAAAAAAGCCAAAGAAGAUUUUCUUGUGUAUAAAAUAGAGUCUCAGCAGUCUCUCAACAAAGAAAAGCAAGAUGCCAGUGUCAGGUUUAAUUCUCUACAUUCCCAGCAUCAGAUUUUGAAGAACCAGCAUGACGACCUAAAAAAGCAAUAUUACGAACUACAAGAGCGACAUCAGCUACAAGGAGAUGAACACAACAAGGCAUUAGAUGAACAUAAACAGAGACUUGACCAGCUUCAUCAGACCAAAGAGUCUGAGAUUUCUAAGCUCAAAGAGAAUGUAUAUAACCUACGUGAGGAGAACAAGCAGUUGAGAAAAGCUCAUCAGGACGUCUAUGUGCAACUUCAGGAUACCAGGCAACAGCACAAGAACCUAAAAUCCUCCCACGACCAGCUUGUGUUGACCCUGGAGGACCACAAGAGUGCGCUAGCUGCUGCCCAGGUUCAGGUGGAUGAAUAUAAACAGCUGAAGGAAACACUCAGUAAGAUGCCCAGUCUGAGGCAUGCUGCAGGGCAGCCCCAGCAACAUGAGGCUGUUAAGCCCAUCCAGAACGGGAACGCAGAGGAAAACAAUCAACCCCAUGAUGCUCAGCCAGAGAAGGAGAAACAUGACGAGGUCGAGAAGCCUCAAUCGCACCACAGGGAGGAGGUUGGAGAAAUGGGAGGAGCCGAGGAGAGGAGGAGAGAGCUGGCAGAGGAGGAGAUGGAGCAGGCGGGGCAGCCUCAGAAAUUAGAGGAGGAGUUUGAUGGGCCGCAUAAUGAAGUGGAGGAGGAGGAGGAGCCACAGGCCAACCAACCAGAUGAAAAUGCGCUAGAAAGGGAGCAACGUGACGCUCAGGAGGUGGCGCCAGCUGAGGCACAUGUGGAGCACGCACAAGUGGAGCGGGUGAAGUCUGCAUACGAACAGCAGCAGGAGCAGCAGCGUCUGGCUGCGCAGCUGGCGGAGGAACGCAGACAGUUGCACCUGCGUCAGGAAGCCCUGCAGAAACAGCAGCUGCAGCAGCAGAAGGAGAGAGAGGAAAGAUUACGUCUGCAGAGAGAGAGAGAGGAACAGCAUAACAGAGAAGCUGAUCUCAAAGAGCAACAACUCCAGCAAGAGAUGCUCCGGAAAAAGGCACAGUAUGAAAACAUGGAUGCUGAUAUAGUUCAGGGAGAAGAUGACCCACAGAUAAAUGAGGAGAAAGAGGAGAAUGUGCACCAUGAGGAGCCGGGGCAAGGUGAAGAGGACCAUGCUCACCAUGAGGAUGAGCGACCUGUUGAAGCGGAUGUUGAUCCAGAGGACGACCCCAACAAUCAGGGUGAGGAUGAGUUUGAGGAGGCUGAGCAGCAGCAGCAGCCCCGUGGAGAAGAAGAGGAGGAAGAGCUGGCACCCGUAGGCCACCCCGACAUGCACCUGGCCGAAGAGAAUCAACACCAACCGCCCGCUGAAGAACAACUCGUGAUGGCUGGAAACCCAGACCAACAGGAAGAUGCUCUGGAUGAGCAGUACCAGGAAGAUGGCGAUGAUGAGGCUCAAGAUGAGCUGGUAGAAAAUCAGAAGCAUGAGGCGGUACGAGGGGAAGAGGGAGACCCGUAUAAUGAGGAGAAUGGAGAACAGGAAGAAGCCAGAGGUCAGGUUGUGAAGGAGGAUAAUCAACUCGCCCAACAUCACAAUGAAGAGAACUACGAGGAAGAAGAGGAGCAAGAAGGUAACGGGGAUAAACCGCCAAUUCGCAGGGCAGAAAUGUGAGGCGAUUGAAGGACAGCCAAUCGCUGCCACGUUUGGAUUGGGUUUCCCCACCCCACCCUCUUAAACAUUAUGCCAGGAGACGGUUCUGUUGGGUCGUUCUGAUGAAUAGGAAACCGUUUUUUCUUCCGGUCUGUGUAACUCUGAAACCGAGAUGCACCAAAACGCCCAACCACUUACAGACCAAACACCUGCUGUCUGCCUUUACUGUACGUCUGUCUGUUGUUUCUUAUUCUAAGGAGCAGUGAAUAAGUUCAGUUUAAAUGCAUUUAAUUUCUUUGGCUGGACGAAAAUCUGAAAGCACAGAUUUCAACAACCAGAAUCUCUUGCACUGAAAGAUUUGCCAUUUUUUUGUUCAGUUGUGGCUCCACAUACAAGAUAUAUUCCAUCUUUGAAGUAAACCUUUUAACAGUUAAGACUGAUCUUGAUGGACAGGCAGCAGUCACCAAUCAGCCUUAAAUCCUCACUUGGCCAUGCCCAAACUUGUGUUGGUAAUUCAUCUAUCUUGUUGAUGAAUAACGCUAUGCAGAAAUAUUGUAUCAUGGGUGAGUUUGGCAAGGUGCUUGGGUCAACAGAUGUCACUACAUGAAUGUUUACAUGUAAUUCAAGCAGAUAAUUGUAGCUGUCGAAAGUUCGUCAUUUUUAAAUGUUGUACUGUAUGUGCUUAUUUACCAUAGUCGGAUUACUGCUGCCUAAACAUAAACCAAAUUCAUUUAGUUAAAUACUGAUUUUUAUUUGCUUUUCACCAAGUGCCUCAUCGAGAUUAUAAGGAAAAUUUUCACAAAUGUUGCCCAUCUUGCCAGGGUGAUUUGGUUCCUGAUAUCUUUGUCGAAUGUCUCUGUUAUGGUAAACUAUUUUUAUUGUUUUUUUCUUUCUUUCUUUUCAAGCCGAUCUGCCAACUACUAUUCUAGUAUAAACUAGUACUAGUGUUCUAUGUGCUACUGGACCUGGUCCUCUAAGUCUUAUUGUCACUGUUUAACAUAUGACAGCAGAGAAAUGAAUGGCACAUUGAAAAUGAGAAUUAAUAAGAGACAUAAUAUUCAGAUGUAGAAUUUGAAUAUGCAAAAAUUAAACAAAAUGGUUAGCUUACUCAAAAUGAUUUGUUCUGAAUGUAUGCUAAAUCACUACAAUAUUGAAAAAUUGUAUUUAUUUUGUUUUGUAUUUACUUUGUUUUUUAUAUUAUAUAAAAUGAAAUAAUCUUGUUUUGUCACCUUUUUAUUUUCUGGGACACAUGAUUUUUAGAUUUAUUCAUUGAUUUAAUAUUGGUGAAACCAGCUUUCUUGUUAAGUGUUCAGCUUUAAUACUUUAUAUUUAAAAUAAAUAUCUGUAUGUUAGAUUUUUUUCUCAAGUUUUCUGUUCUGAAAGUGAUUUACAGAGAAAUAUUUUUGUGCCGUUUUGUUGAUAAAGGCAUUGUGAGCGGAAUAAAAAUUGGUGAAGGA